GUGACUGACAGUGACAUAGAGGCGCUAGAUUUUCUGCAGGCUAUAACAAGCAAUCUGAUGCUACAGAACCUGUUUAUUAAACACUAAAUUGUUAGCGUUUCAUGUGGACACUCGGAGCGACGGACUCAGUUUAUCGAGGGCAGCAUUGUGAGUAAAAGGGGCUCUCACGCCAGGAUUCUUCUAUCAAAUAAAUUGGACUUUUAGAGGUAAAAGUGGCUGAGAUGGAUGAGCAGAGUGUUGAGAGUAUAGCGGAAGUUUUCCGUUGCUUUAUUUGUAUGGAAAAGCUGCGGGAUGCUCGUCUGUGCCCUCACUGUUCCAAACUGUGCUGUUUCAGCUGCAUACGGCGAUGGCUGACGGAGCAGAGAGCACAAUGUCCCCACUGCCGAGCUCCGCUUCAGCUGAGGGAACUGGUGAACUGUCGCUGGGCAGAGGAAGUGACACAACAACUGGACACCCUGCAGCUGUGCAACCUCACAAAACACGAAGAGAACGACAAAGACAAGUGUGAGAACCAUCACGAGAAGCUGAGCGUGUUCUGCUGGACUUGUAAGAAGUGCAUCUGUCACCAGUGUGCACUGUGGGGAGGCAUGCAUGGAGGUCAUACGUUCAAACCCCUCGCUGAGAUCUACGAGCAGCAUGUGACAAAGGUGAACGAGGAGGUAGCUAAACUACGGCGCCGGCUAAUGGAGCUCAUCAGUCUGGUUCAAGAAGUGGAAAAGAAUGUCGAGGCGGUGCGUGGAGCAAAGGAUGAAAGAGUGAGAGAAAUCCGUAACGCUGUGGAAAUGAUGAUUGCACGACUCGAUAAUCAGCUCAAGAACAAACUCAUCACACUCAUGGGACAGAAAACCUCUCUGACUCAGGAGACUGAACUUCUGGAGUCUCUUCUGCAGGAAGUUGAACAUCAGCUGCGGUCGUGCAGUAAGAGCGAGCUGAUCUCGAAGAGUCCGGAGAUCCUGCUCAUGUUCCAGCAGGUUCACAGGAAGCCAAUGCAGUCCUUUGUCACCACACCCGUUCCACCAGACUUUACUAGUGAGCUGGUUCCUGCCUAUGACUCAAGCACCUUUGUUUUGGCAAACUUCAGUACCCUGCGACAGAGAGCAGACCCCGUCUACAGCCCCCCUCUCCAGAUAUCAGGUCUGUGCUGGAGGUUAAAGGUUUAUCCAGACGGCAACGGUGUUGUGCGGGGAAAUUAUCUUUCUGUUUUUUUGGAGUUAUCUGCAGGGCUUCCCGAGACCUCUAAGUAUGAAUACAGGGUAGAGAUGGUCCAUCAGGCCUCCAGUGAUCCCACCAAAAACAUUAUUAGAGAGUUUGCUUCAGACUUUGAGGUGGGGGAGUGCUGGGGCUAUAACAGAUUCUUCAGACUGGAUCUUCUUGCCAGUGAAGGAUACCUCAACAUGCAGACCGACACUCUUGUGCUGAGGUAUCAGGUACGUUCACCCACCUUCUUUCAGAAAUGUAGAGAUCAGUACUGGUAUAUAUCUCAGCUUGAGUCUGCACAGUCCGGCUACGUUCAACAGAUCAACAACCUUAAAGAGAGACUUGCUAUCGAGCUGUUCCGUCGACAGAAGUCCCGGAGUUCGUCUCCUGAUCGACGCCUCUGUCCUGCAGCUUCUUCAGGGAGAGACUCACGUCAGGGGAAGAAUUCUGUACUAGAGGAGUGUAGUCAAGCAGCCUCAAUAGAAACAAAGGAAGAUGAGGACGAGGAGAAAACCCAUCAUGAUGACUCUAAUGAGCUGUCAGAUGGAGAUCUGGAGGUGGACUGUCUCACUGGAGAUGAAGACCUCAAUCCUCUGGAUGGGAGUAGCACCUCCGGCAGCUCCACGGCCACCAGUAACACAGAGGAGAACGACAUUGAUGAGGAAACCAUGUCUGGUGAGAAUGACGUGGAGUACAGUGGGAAUCUGGACCUGGAGGAAGGUGAACUACCUGAAGAUGUUGCGGGGGCCGCAGGAGGUUCCAGCGCAAGUUCCCGCAGUUCAAGACGCGGAGCAGGUGCAACCUCAUCCAGUCUCCUGGAGAUCGACCCCGUCUUCCUCAUUCAGCUCUUGGACCUGAAGGACCGCACACAUAUGGAGUCACUAUGGGGCAUGCAGCCCCGCCCACCUGCCUCUUUGCUCCAAACCCAAGAACAUUUUUGUUUGACAGCUCCUGCUGUAACUUCUCGUAAAGAGCGAGAGCGUCGGCCACAGGCAGUGCGGCGGUCAGCCCCGGAUUCAGGGGUUCUGAUCAGGCUGAAGGCUCAGAUGGCUGAGGUGCGCAGUAAGAUGUCGGAUGUGAAGGGUCAGCUGGAAGCUCGUGGUGAAGCCAAUCCACGGGUCUCUUCUCAAGCCUUAAACCAUGACCCCUCCAUGGAUUUAGAGAUGGGGCCUAACCGCAAACCAUCUGAUCUGCUCUUCAAAGGGCCCGUCUCAUCACGACACUCCCGCAGUGGUGUAAAAAAGGCUGGUUCUCCUAAACAAGAGAGCUUGGGGGCACUGGGUGGGCUGUCCCUUCGCAGGGCUGUAGAUGCUGGUGAGAAGGAGCUGAGAGUAGCUGGUCGAGAGUCACCCACUGAACCUGCUCUGUGUCCUAGAGAGGGAUCCUCCUCAUUGGAUGGUUCUCUCAAACCUCGCAGUGUGCAAAGUUCUCCUCCCUCUCUUGGAAGCUGUUCCUCCGAUAAACCCUCUGGCUCGAAACACGAUGAGGUUUAUUUCAAAUCAUCUGCUGCAGAGCUAUUCAGCGUCACAGCAGUAAAUGGAGCGUCUGCACUCGCCACCAAACAGCGCAGGGCUCCAGACGCAGGGUCUGCUGUGUUGACAGACAGCUUGCUUAACUGUGACCAAGAGAACGCUGGUGAGAUCCAUCAGUCACUGCUGUCAUUGGCUGAGCCGUCGUCAUCCUCCUCCUCACAUCCUGAUGAAGGUCUCAUGUGUCAGAAGCAGACCCACCACAAGCUGCCGAGCAUGAGCAGUGAUAGUGAGCUGGACUGUGACACGGAGAACGAAGACGAAGCCGUUGCUCUUGAGGCUGGGGACUGUCAGUUUGACACCAGAACAUUACCCUGCGCAGGCGAGCAGCUGAUCGCCGAUGAUCUAAGCUUUGUGACUGGAGAAACCACCGAGAGAUGAUUCACCAGAGCGUUACAAAAAUGUGUGGAAGUGACUGGACCUUCUUGUGUCAACAGGCACUGGAUGCGUUUUCUCCAUUUCCUCUGUCUGAGCACUUUCUUGACGUUCAGCUAGAACUGGAAUAAGAAUGUUUAUGUGCUGUGUUGUUUCAGAGGGUCACACUUUCUGGAAUGGGAGAGAAGUGUUUUAUUUUUGCUUUGCAUAACAUUCCGUUGUAAAGGUAAAGUUAUAAAAACGUAUGUGUGCAUAAUCAGAUAUUACAGUUAUAUAUUUCUUCUUCUCUGGCAAUGCUGCUUAUUUGUCAUAUGUAUUGAAUUUUGAAGCACUUUGGUUUGUUUGGUUUUGUCUAUUUGAGUCAAACUACUGGGUUUUGAUGCAAAGAAUGUCAGGAAGGUGCUGCUCUAUAACUGUAUUAAUAUGCUGUUUUAGCUUUAUUCUUUGUGCAGUUAUAUAUAGAUAUUAGCACACUUUUUAUUUUUUAAUGUAGUUUUCCUCUAAAGAAGCUGACCCCACUUGCAAGAGUGAACGUAUCAAGCUGUCUAAACCACAAAGUGUCAUACAAGUUUACAUUCAGAUGUCUGCGAAACACUUAAGUUGCGAACACUUUUAUUCAUUUCAAACUACUGCAACAUUCCCACAUUUAGUUUUAACUAUAUUUAUUUUAAGCAUAUGCACAUGUAUGUUAACCUACACAAAGUCCCAGGUGGGUCCAACUCUGUAUGAUUCCCCAACUUGUUUUGUGUUUUUGUUCAGAGCUCAGAGACAAAGCAUUGUUGACACAUGGCAAUAGCAGCUGGAAAACGGCACAGUUUAUGUUUUCAAUACAUGUCAUGGCUUCAUUUACAGCUGGGGAAUGAUGCAGCUGUAUUCAUUUUAGUUCUUAGUGUGGCUCUUCGCAUACGUUGCUUUUGCCGAAUACAAUCUGUUGAGCGUUUGAAUGUUUUGUUGAUAUGCAUUUACUGUAGCAUUUAAUGCAUUGCUCUUUCUGUUAAUCCACAUCUUCACUUCAAUCGAUGAUUUGAACAGAGCUAGAACUGAACAAUUUUUUAAUUGUAUUUUCUCCUUUGUUUACUAUAAACUUAUUUGUUCGCUCUGCAUGUUUGUGAUCUCGGCAAAGUCAAAAAGUGUUCAGUGACUGUCCAGUGUUGAUCCAAUUCUGUUAAAUGUAAUGUUUUUGUCCCUGUUGUUGACGUUUGUGUUUCAUAUGAGAAAGAGGACAGUUGACUGAGAGAAUCAUUCUUGUUUACUUGCUUCUGGCAUGUUUUAUUCCUUUUUGACCCAAAACAAACUAGAAUAUAUGAACAGUACUUUACUGUAUAUUUAUCUAUCUAAACUAAAAUAUGAACAAAUAAAUGUUAUGCUUAAUAUAAUGCAGUUUUGAGUAGUUAUUUGUUGCU